UCGAAGCGCGCACACGGACACGGAGCUGCUUCUGAGCACGGGACUCGUUUCUGCAUCGCGAUGGAGACUGAAAUAACAGAUUUCUCCGGAAAAUGGAAAAUGAAGUCUUCGAAAAAUUUCGAAGAGCUUUUGAAAGAGCUCGGUGUGAAUGUUUUCCUGCGGAAGAUGGCAGUGGCAGCCGCCUCCAGCCCAACAGUAGAAAUCACCCAGCAAGGAGAGAGUCUGUCCAUCAAGACGUCCACCAGCAUCCGAACCACCAAUGUCUCUUUCACCGUGGGUCAGUCCUUCAGUGAGACCACAGUGGAUGGACGAGCGUGCACGAGUUUUCCUAAGUGGGAAACAAGCAACAAGAUCAGCUGCGAACAGACUUUACAGAAAGGCGAGGGACCCAAGACGUCAUGGACACGAGAACUGACCGACGACGGAGAACUCAUACUGACAAUGAUGGCGGGGGAUGUUGUCUGCACCAGAGUUUAUGAGAGAGAAUGAAGAACUUCAAAACCUGCUGUUCAGUUCUCCUGUUUUUGUCUGUGUGAUUAAUAUUUUCACUAUUACACUUUUUUCCUUCUUUAUCCUGUCAGAAUUUGGUUAGAAACUGCAACAUUUGCAUAAAAUAUGCAAGUACAGUAGUUAUUUCUUUAUCACCACAGCUUCAUGUAUCAUGUAGAAAUGACACGCAUUCCAUGUUUUAAAUCUUUCUAACAAGGGAUAAAUCUUUUUCACAUUAAUAAAUACUUUUAUAUGAAUUUUCAGAAAA